AUACCGUCGUAAAUCGUUAACUUAACCACACCUCUUUUAACGUUAGUGUGUGUUUUCUUUGACCUUAAUUCACACUCUCCUUCUCUCUCUAAACUUUCUCUCUCUAGCUUUCCUUUUCUCUCUCUCUCUCUCUCUAAAUUAACGGCAUAUUCAUCUCUCCCAAAAAUUUGAGCUUUUCACGGAGACAAAAUCCAUUAACCCAAAAGCAAGAAAAUACCCACAUUCAAUCUUUCUUUCUUGAAAUUUUUCUUGAAAUUUUUCAUUAAAGAUCCAUAAAAACAUAAUCUUUCUCUCUCUAGAAACACCCACACUUUCUCUCUCUCUCUAAAAAGAUUAACACCCACAUUGAUUCUUGAAAAUUUUCUUAAUUUUUUCUUCAAAGAUCCAAAAAAAUAUAAUCUUUCUCUCUCUAGAACACACACACACUCUCUCUCUCUAACCCAAAGCAAGAAAAGAAAAUACCCACAUUGAUUCUUUCUCUGUUUCUUGAUUUUUUUUUUUUGAAAAUUUUCUUGAUUUUUUUUGAAAAUUUUCUUUGAAGAUCCAAAAAAGAUUCAAUCUUUCUCUCUCUAGAACAAAACCCACAUACCCACUCUCUCUCUAAACAUUCUUGGCUGGAAAAAAAAUGGUGGUGAAUGUGAUAAAAUGGAGGCCAUGGCCGCCAUUAAUGUCAAAGAAAUUCAAGGUGAAAUUGGUGGUGAAGAAGAUGGAAGGUGGGAGCUGUGAUCCUGUGCAUGCGGACCCAGAGAAGGGUUACCAUAGGGCUGUGGAGAUUAAGUGGAAAGGGCCCAAGAUUACUUUGAGUUCUUUUAGGAGGACUGUGAAGAGAAAUUUCACCAGAGAGGAGAGAGUUGUUGACCCAAACGGUGUCGUUCAGUGGGAUGAAGAGUUUCAAACUGUUUGUACACUUUCUGGGUAUAAAGAGAAUGCUUUUAAUCCUUGGGAGAUUGGGUUUACUGUGUUAAAUGGAUCAAGCCCGGGACCGAAAAACAAAAUUCCUAUACUUGGAACAGCAUCUUUGAAUCUCGCUGAAUUUGCUUCGGCUGCUGAAGAAAAAGAUCUCGACCUCACAAUUCCUCUCACCAUUUCAUGUGGAGCAUCUGAGCCGGGCCCCUCUCUUCAUAUACAACUUAGUUUGAUGGAGGUGAGAGCGGAUCAAGAAUCAGCAGAUCCGACACAAAGUCAAAGUCAAACAUCAGAAAGUUCAUCCGGAGAGAAAGACGAGCUUUCCGCACUCAAAGCCGGACUAAGAAAAGUCAAAAUCUUUACGGAAUAUGUUUCAAUUCGGCGAGGUAAGAAAACGUCUCGUGAAGAUGAUCAUGAAAGUCGAAGCGAGGACGGUGAUUAUUCCUCAUACCGUUUCGAUUCGGAAUCACUAGAAGAAUCCGAGGAAGGCGAGUCAAACGAAGUCAAAGAAGAUUCCACUUUUCGGAAAUCGUUUAGUUAUGGGACGUUGGCGCAUGCUAACUGUACCACGGGGUCUCUUUAUGAAGACAGUGUUUAUUACAGUUAUAGAAAAUCCGAUGUGGGUUGCUCUCAAAACGAUGAUUCGAACGCUUCGGUUUCCGAACCGUAUGUGGUUCCGAAUCCGAAACGUGGUAUCUUUCCUUGGAAGAAAAGGAAGCUGAACUUGAGGUCACCUAAAGGCGAACCGCUUUUAAAGAAUGCUGAAGAAGGCGGUGAUGAUAUUGACUUUGACCGCCGCCAGCUCAGCCCAGCCGAAUCUCUCGGGCAGUGGCAUACGAUGAACGAUCAAUCUUUGAUAUCAGAAUUCGGUGACGAUAGUUUCGCUGUCGGAAAUUGGGAACAGCGGGAAAUAACCAGCCGUGACGCACACAUGAUGCUUAAGACGCAAGUAUUCUUUGCGUCAAUCGAUCAACGAUCCGAACGAGCAGCCGGAGAGAGUGCAUGCACCGCACUUGUGGCGGUUAUAGCCGAUUGGUUCCAAAAUAACCACAAUCUCAUGCCGAUUAAGUCCCAACUCGAUUCUUUGAUUCGCGAAGGCUCGUUAGAAUGGAGAAAUCUUUGUGAGAAUGAAGUUUACAUGGCCCGGUUUCCCGAUAAACACUUUGAUCUCGAAACUGUUCUCGAAGCCAAUUUACGCCCGUUAUCGGUCAAUCCCACGAAAUCGUUCAUCGGGUUUUUCCACCCUGAAGAAGUCGAAGAGGGUAGUUUCGACUUUUUGCAUGGCGCGAUGUCUUUCGAUACUAUGUGGGAUGAGAUUAGUCACGAGUCAGAGCCACGAAUCUACAUUGUAAGCUGGAACGACCACUUUUUCGUCUUGAAAGUUGACUCCGAUGCGUAUUAUAUCAUCGAUACUCUAGGGGAGAGACUUUUUGAGGGGUGUGAUCAAGCUUACAUCUUGAAGUUUGACCGAAACACGAUAAUUUAUCAACUUAAUGCCUCGGAAUCCGGUUCUGAUGAUUCUAACCGAAAGUCAACUACGGAAACCGUUGCAUCGGUGGUCAAGAACGCGAGUGAAAACGAGGUUGUUAGCGAGGGUAAAGAAUCUUGUAAGGUGUAUCUCAAAAGCUUCUUGGCGGCCAUUCCGAUAAGAGAACUGCUAGCGGAUAUGAAAAAAGGUUUACUUUCUUCAACACCGAUUCAUCACCGGCUACAGAUUGAGUUUCACUACACUCAGUUACAACAACCGACACCUGUUCCAGUCAUCGCGCCUGCGGUUGAUGACUCAGCAAUCCCGGUUGCCACAUAGGAUAGUUUCGCAGGCGAUGCUAGUUUUAGGUUUACAGUUUUAAGUUCAGAGUUCAAACUAGCUUUGUUUUAACAACUUGUUUUUUCUUAUAGUUUUUUUUUUUUUUUUUUUUUGUGUUAAAAGACUCUUGGGAUGGAAAGUGAAAGGGAAUCUCAAAUGUGUAGUCUCUGUUUCCAUCUUUUGCAAAUGGAAAAAAGUUGACUUUUUUGGUCAGCUUUUGUUUUUUAGUUGGAA